AGAAGAUUCGGACCACUCGAACCACUGACACCUAAACUUCACUGGGAUUGGGGACUUAAGCAAAGCCAUGGGCUCCCAAGUCUUCCAGCUGUAUGUAAUUCUCUGUCUGGGAGCCUCCUUGGGAUCUGGCAACCCCAUCAUGAGCCUGGAAGACUCUUCCCUGGAAGAAGAUCUGCCCCUGCUGGAUGAUGUUUUUUCAGAGCAAGAUGGCGUUGACUUUACUACUCUGCUACAAAGUGUGAAAAAUGAAUUUCUGAAGACAUUGAACCUGUCUGAAAUCCCUUUGCCCAAUUCGGCCAAGGUGGACCCACCAGAGUACAUGUUAGAACUAUAUAACAGAUUUGCAACUGAUCGAACCUCAAUGCCAUCUGCAAAUAUCAUUAGAAGUUUCAAAAAUGAAGAUCUGUUUUCUCAGCCAACCAGUUUUAAUGGACUCCAAAAAUAUCAACUCCUCUUCAAUGUAUCCAUCCCUCACCAUGAAGAGAUCAUCAUGGCUGAACUUAGGCUUUACGCUUUGACCCAGAGGAACCACCUGCUAUAUGAUGGAGUGGAACGAAAAGUGACCAUUUUCGAAGUGCAAGAAAAUGAAGGAGAGGAAAGAAAAUUGUUGGUUUUGGUGUCAGGAGAGAUCUAUGGAACCAGGAAUGAGUGGGAGGCUUUUGAUGUCACGGAUGCCAUCAGACACUGGCGAAAGUCAGGUUCUACUACCCACCGACUAGAGGUCCACAUAGAGAGUAGAAAUGAAGAGACUGAGCCUUCAGUGAGAGAUCAGUUGGAGAUAGACAUCAGUGACCAUAACAAACAUGUUCCUUUACUCAUUGUGUUUUCUGAUGACCAGAGCAGUGACAAAAAAGAAGAAAAAGAGGAACUGGAUGAAAUGAUAGAUCAUGAGGACCUUCUGGAACUGGACAACCUAGAAACUGAUGAUUUCCAUGAUGGUCCUGGAGAAGAAGCUCUUUUGCAGAUGAGAUCCAACAUUAUUUAUGACUCCACUGCCCGGAUCAGGAGAAAUGCCAAGGGAAACUAUUGCAAAAAGACACCACUUUAUAUUGAUUUCAAGGAAAUCGGUUGGGAUUCCUGGAUCAUAGCUCCUCCAGGAUAUGAAGCAUAUGAGUGCCGGGGAGUUUGUUCUUACCCUCUGGCAGAACACCUCACACCCACAAAGCAUGCCAUCAUCCAAGCACUAGUCCACCUGAAGAAUCCCCAGAAAGCUGCCAAGGCUUGCUGUGUGCCUACUAAACUGGAUCCCAUCUCCAUCCUCUACUUGGACAAAGGGGUUGUCACCUAUAAGUUUAAAUAUGAAGGCAUGGCUGUGUCAGAAUGUGGCUGUAGAUAGCUAAUAAGAAAGAAAGGAAUAAUGUCCAAGGAUAGAAUAUUCAAAAACUGUAAAUUUUGUACAUUUGAAGUGCCUAUUUAAUAAUAUUAUUUAAGGAGGGAUGUACAGAAAACAGAAAGGGACUGCCUCAGAAGAAUAGGUAGGUUGGUGGGUUGUAGAAAAUGUAUAUUUUGCUAUUCAGCCUGUUUCUUUCUGAGGACAAUUUCCUUGUAAUUUGCCAUUUCCAGGCAAUCUACCUGUAAUUUAAAAUGGCACAUCCAAAUAACAAUUUCUACACAUCCUCCAUGCAAUAUCUCACAUAACAAAUGGCUCUCCAACCACAAAAAUAAAGUUAAUAUGUACAUACACAUGUAUAUACAUAUAUAUACAUAAUCAUUUGUAUAUAUAUGUAGAUGCCAUAAUGCUUCAAGACACCAUGACUUCAUCCGUCUGUUCCCUCCAUUUACAAACAACUUAAAUACCUCCACACCUUAGGAGAUGUUUUUAUUAGUUUCUAUGGGCAAUAAAAUUCACUAUUUGGUGUCUAGCUUUCUAGUCUCCAGCCAUAUAGCUAGUCUGGUCCUUAGACUGCAAUCAGAGUUCAUCACUGAUAUAUUCAAAAUCUUUCCAGUUUGGCAGUACUUGCCAACAUUUGUGUUCUGCAGUCUUCAAGAACACAAAAUCACUUUCACACUAGGAGUGUGAUUACAGUGAUUAAUAUAUCUGUAUGUAUAUGGAUUUAUACACAAAUGCAUUCAUCAAAAGUAAAUUGAUAGUAUAUCACAGAUGAAAGGGUCCUUAGAGACCAUGUAAUCCAAACCAACCAUUUUAUAGAUGAGAAAACUAAAACCUGAGAGGUUAAAUGAAUUCCCCAAGAAAAUCCAGAUAUAAUAUAUAUCUACAUAUAGAUAAAGGUAAUUAUAUCUAUAUGUACAUAUAUAUUGUAUAGAUGUACACAUACCUCUAAAAAGUUUCUAUAUUUGAGCACAAUUAAUAACUCUAUCCCAAGCUAUUUCAGAUAGAAACUGAAAAAAAUCAGUAUAAAAUUAUAUCACCCUAAUCCCUGAUGAAAAAUGUAGGGUUGGGUUUUUUUUUUUUAAUUUUCUCAAAUGAAAACUUCUUCACUAUUCUUUUGUCCUUUCCUCUUGUAGAAGGGCCUAGUGCUAAUGCUAAUUAUUUGUAUUGGGGAGAUGGUGUUUGAUAAGAAAGUCACUUGACUUAAGAGAGUUUGUCUAAUCUCUCAAGACAACAGUAAUGAACAAGUGAUGGGUAGGUUUGACAAGAUAGCAUUUAAUGAAUAUUUUAAAAAAGGAAAGAACUUGGAGCUAAUGUUUAAAGACCAAGACCCAUUCCCAGGGCUAUGGCCCUGUAGGAAAUGUGUUUUGUUUUCCAUGAUCCCAGAAGAGCAGAGUCCCUGUCUGGUACCUGCUUGUCUGGGCAUUUCAUUAUAGGUUGGAGAAACUCAAAUGUAGGUUAAGCUAUGAGGUGGCCACUUAUGGGAACAGACUUUAGGCUACUUUGAAGAACUGUGCCAGACACAUCUCCCACUCCAGUAAGGUGGCCAGCCAGGGAAGGUAGAAUCUCUCGUAAAGGUGUAGGAACUUUAUGUGAUGGUUAGCUAAACCCAGGACAUCUCUAGAAGUUUUUUGAUGUGAUCUGCCUCUUUUUGGUAAACAAUAAAUGCAAGAAAGUAUGAUUAAUUGAGGGUUCUAGUGAACUGUAAUGUAGUUUCUCUCUAUUUUUCUGUUAGUUUGAGGACUUCUCAGGAGAGAGAAAAGAAAAAUGCUAUCCACAUAUGUAUUGAAUGGAAAUAUCUGUGAAGUUCCUGCUACCCACCCCCACCCGAUGUGUAGUGGUGUCACAUGCCAUGUUUCCACCACUCUUCUGCAACAAAUGGAAAUGAUAAGAAGGUGUCAGAGCUGAAAAACAAUAGACCCUUCACUUUAUUUAUACUAAGGUGCAAAUUUGUCAGAUUCUUGGGAAAGUUUAACUGCCUGAUGAUCCCUUCUCUGGUCACCGUCAACUCCUACUUCACGCAUCCAUGCAUACGCUGUACAUUUUUAAGGUAAAAUUAUCUUCCUGGAAGUGAUAAAGAACUGUCUCUGAAAAGGCUAAUUCUAACCAUCAUGGGAAUCCAUAUUAAAAAAAAAAAAAAACUAUCUGCCAAUGGCUAAAACAUCCAUGUGAAAUCUUCUCUUCUCCCCACUAUUUAUUGAUAUAUUUAUUGUUGUAAUAUACUGUAGAAUACUAAAUUGUUUAUUUUGUUUUGUUUGUAAUUCGCACUUGUGGAAAAAACUUUUAUGGAAUACAUCAGAUAGUAGGCAAAGCUUUUCAGACAUUACCCUCCCCAUUGAAUGAUGACUCCUUUAUAGCACGUUGUUGCCUAAAGUUUCAUCUUUUCUCACUUUGGAUUCAUAUUUUUGGCAAACUUAACAUACCAUCUACUUUGCAUGCUGUCAGUCUCUUGAAAUAUUUGACUUUUUUGUAAAUGGUACAAAUUUAACUCAAGUGGGAAGGUUAUAAAAAAGAUUAGCAAAAUAAAUGUAGAUUGUGCUAUGGUCUCAUACCUAUAUGUUAUCAUACUGUUUUAUCUGUAAUGCAGUGUAAUUGCUCAUAUAUACCUCGAGAAGAAAAAACAAAUAUUUUAGGGUUUUUUGGAAGAAGCUUAUCAUUGGGUUGGCUGAAGGAUGCCAAUUCUUGAGGAUCAUCAACUAAGUCAAAAAUGGGCUGUAAUAUGGAUGAGUUCAGAGAAUCAGUGAAAUUGCAGAUUACUGAUGCUUGAAAGUAAUGUAUAAAUGAGUAGCCAUCAGUUUGUUCACUGACUAAUAAAAAUAUUUAGUAGAUUUUUUCAAUCCCCAA